AUGGCUGAGAAAGCUCAAACUACCCAUGACGCAGAGGCUAGGCGCGAUGGAUCCGAAUCGCCACACUUCGACGAGAAGGGAGACCUCCAGACCGUCGAUGCUGGCCUUUCUGCUGACCAGGUCGUCGCUGAGUAUGACGAGAAAGAAACUCAAAGGAUCAUGAGGAAGAUCGACUACCGCUUGAUCCCACUGCUCGCCGUCCUCUAUCUUCUGGCCUAUAUCGAUCGAAGCAAUUUGGGCAAUGCCAAAAUUGCUGGCAUGGAAGAAGAUCUCAACCUCAUUAACAUGCGAUACAACACUGCCCUUACGGUGUUCUUCGUGCCUUACGCGCUACUGGAGGUUCCAAGUAACAUUGUCCUCAAGAUGCUACGCCCAUCAAUCUGGAUCUCGAUUCUGUGCUUCUGUUGGGGUUUGGUCAUGACUCUUAUGGGCCUUGUGACUACCUACGGCGGCCUAGUCGUCGCGCGAUUCUUUCUCGGUGUUGCCGAAGCCGGAUUUUUCCCAGCAGCCACUUUCCUUCUGACGAUCUGGUAUCAACGCUACGAGGUCCAACGUAGGAUGGCCGUCUUCUACGCCGCUGCGUCCUUGUCCGGCGCCUUCUCUGGUCUUCUGGCUUUCGCCAUAGAAAAAAUGGACGGCAUUCAAGGUCUCGCUGGAUGGAAAUGGAUCUUCAUUCUGGAAGGUCUCGCUCCUGUGGCGGUGUCCUUCUCGCUAUACUUUCUGCUGCCCGACAAACCCGAGACGGCAAAGUUCCUCACCAAGCGGGAACGUGAGUUUGUCAUCAACAGGAUUGCUCUGUACACGGGCUCGGGUCACGGCCGCACUACCAACUCCGACAAGGUGGAAUGGAAGUAUAUCAAAGCUGCCUUCUCGGACUGGAAGGUAUGGGCUGCGAUUGUUCCGUUCUGGGCGUGUUCCAUUGGUACCUACGGGUUUACUGCCACCGUCCCUACAAUCGUCAAGGCCAUGGGAUACAGUUCUGCAAACGCACAACUGAUGACGGUGCCGAUCUAUGUGGCGGGCAUGGUGGCCACGGUCAUCGUUGCCUGGUGGUCCGAUCACGCUCAGCAACGCACGCCAUUCAUCAUGGGAGGCUUCUCCAUUGCGGUCGUUGGAUUCAUUGGUGAACUGGCCAUCCCGCAUCCAAAGCUUCCCGGCGUUACCUACUUCUUCCUAUUCCUCGUCGCCAUCGGCCUCUACUGUCCCUUCGUCUGCGUCGUCACACUGGUCGGUAACAACCUGGCACCGUCCUCCAAGCGAGCCGUGGGCAUGGCUCUAUUGAUCUCUGUGGGCAACCUUGGGGGCAUCUGUGGCAGCAACAUUUUCUUCACAUCUGACGCUCCUAAAUACCCUACCGGCUUCGGGUUCUGCCUGGCCAUCUGUGCCGCUGGUAUCAUCGCGGCAUUCGUUCUUCGCAAGGCAUACCAGCGACAAAACAAACGGCGGGACGAUAUCUUGGCAGCAGAGGGUGAGGAAGGUCUCAAAGCCAAGUACACCGAUGAGGAGUUGCUUUCGAUGGGUGAUAAGAGUCCCUUCUUUCGCUAUACGCUGUGA